UGGUAAAUACAACUUGCUUUUGUAGCUGGCCUGAACAAUGCUGUCACUCCAGUCACUUCACAUAUUUGCAGCAGCGGUUUUUUUUCUGGUGACGUGUCAUGCUGAGGAGAAGUGUGCAGGAACUCCUGGAAUCCCUGGCACCCCAGGAGCCAAUGGACUGCCUGGAAGAGAUGGAAGGGAUGGUAUGAAAGGAGACCCAGGCCCACCAGGUCCUCAGGGGCCACCAAGUGGCAUGCCAGGUCUUCCUGGAAGAGAUGGGGUUCCUGGGAUGAAAGGACCCCAGGGUGAAAAAGGCAACAAGGGGGAGAGAGGGGAGCCUGGACCACAAGGCCUGCCUGCUUCUGUCGAUCCUGAAGUGCAAGAAAGCCUCCAGGUUUUAACACAUCGAAUUAGCAGACUGGAAGGAGUCCUUACUUUGGAAGGAAAAAUAACAGAAGUGGGGGAAAAAAUUCUCGCUACCAAUGGGAAAGAAGUCAAUUUUGAAACCACAUUAAAAGCAUGUGAACAUGCUGGUGGCUCCAUCGCCACCCCCAAGAACCAGGAGGAAAACGAUGCUAUUUUGGAUAUUGUGAAACAGUUUAACAGAUACGCUUAUCUGGGCAUAAGGGAGAGUGAUGUUCCAGGUGAAUUCCGGUAUCUGGAUGGGAAACCUCUGAAUUAUACCAACUGGCGUGCUCGUGAGCCAAAUGGCAAAGGAGGGGAAAACUGUGUGGAGAUGUACACCGAUGGAGGCUGGAAUGACAAAAAAUGCAACCAGUACCGCCUCACUAUCUGUGAAUUUUAAAGCAUUUCCUCUCAGUUAUUUCAUAGUGCAGAGUCCAUGCAAUAUUCUGUGUCUCAAACAUAAACAGGAGUCUGUUCUCUCAGCAAUAUA